CGUUGGCGGGCCGUAAUGGGAAGCCCAAGUGUAAUCGGAUUAGGAAGCCCGCUAGUAUCAAAGCCCAAGCCCAACACGACAGCAAAUAUCUCUCUCAUCUCAUCUCUUCUCCAAACCCAAUCAAAACCCCAUCCGAUUCCUCUCCAUUUCACCACCACCACCACCACCACCUCCGCCUCCUCUCCUCCCCUUCUCUUCGCCGGCAGCCAUGGCCACCGCCGCGCUGCCGGGUCCGUCCGCUGCAUGGCGCGGCGGCCGGAGUCGUCGUACUCGCCGCUGCGGUCGGGGCAGGGAGGGGACCGCGCGCCCACGGAGAUGGCGCCGCUCUUCCCCGGGUGCGACUACGAGCACUGGCUCAUCGUCAUGGACAAGCCCGGCGGCGAGGGCGCCACCAAGCAGCAGAUGAUCGACUGCUACAUCCAGACCCUCGCCAAGGUCGUGGGAAGUGAGGAGGAGGCGAAGAAGAAGAUAUACAACGUGUCAUGCGAACGGUACUUUGGGUUCGGUUGCGAGAUUGACGAGGAAACAUCCAACAAGCUGGAAGGGCUACCAGGUGUUCUAUUUGUGCUUCCUGAUUCCUAUGUUGAUGCCGAGAACAAGGACUAUGGCGCUGAGUUGUUUGUAAACGGAGAAAUUGUUCAAAGAUCACCAGAAAGGCAGAGAAGGGUGGAGCCAGUUCCUCAGAGAGCACAAGAUAGACCCCGGUACAGUGACCGAACUCGCUAUGUGAAGCGGAGGGAGAAUCAGGCGUACCAGCGGUGAAGGCUCACCUUACCUGCAACUGGCUAGAUGCAUCGACUCCUGCGUUUAGAACAGCAGCUCCUGCACGAGAAAUGCCUUAGAUUUUUUGUAUGCUGCUGCUGUGUAAUCUGGUAAUGUUUUAUGCAUCUGGGCAUGUAUGUUUUGUCUACUUCAAUCGACUAAUCUAUUGAACUAUGGCAUAUGAAUUUGAAGCCCCACUUUUUGGCCA